AUGAAGGCAACGAAAACUCCGAUCCACGCGGUCUGGUCAUGGGUCAGGAGGCAGCCGCCAAAGGUGAAAGCUUUCCUUGCGGUCGUGUCGGGCAUGGCGGCUCUUGUUCUUCUCAGAUUCAUCGUACACGAUCACGACAAUCUCUUCGUUGCCGCCGAAGCUGUUCAUUCAAUCGGAAUCUCUGUUCUUAUCUAUAAACUCAUGAAGGAAAAGACCUGUGCUGGAUUGUCAUUGAAAUCGCAGGAGCUUACGGCGAUAUUUCUAGCUGUGAGGCUGUACUGUAGCUUGGUUAUGGAAUACGACAUACACACCAUUCUGGACUUGGCUACUUUGGCUGCAACUCUCUGGGUUAUCUUUAUGAUCCGUUUUAAUUUAAGGACUAGUUACAUGGAGGACAAAGACAACUUUGCUCUCUAUUAUGUGCUCGUGCCUUGUGCUGUGUUAGCUGUAUUGAUUCAUCCAUCAACUUCACACAAUAUAUUCAAUAGAAUAUCCUGGGCAUUCUGUGUUUACCUCGAAGCUGUUUCAGUACUGCCACAGUUGAGAGUGAUGCAGAACACAAAGAUUGUCGAACCUUUCACGGCUCAUUAUGUUUUUGCACUUGGAGUAGCGAGAUUCCUUAGCUGUGCACACUGGGUCUUACAGGUUGUAGACACUCGCGGACGCCUGCUUGUAGCACUGGGUUACGGACUAUGGCCAUCAAUGGUUCUAAUCUCUGAAAUUGUCCAAACAUUCAUCUUGGCAGAUUUCUGCUACUACUACGUUAAAAGUGUUUUCGGAGGUCAGCUUGUUCUCCGACUUCCAUCUGGAGUUGUGUAA